AACAAAAGGCCCAGGCCUGAGUUAGUGCAAGGGCCCAUCUUGGGUGUGAGCAGUGCGAAGACCCCGAUACAGCCUGGUGUGACAGUCCCAAAACAACAGCUGGGCAAUCUUCAAAAAGAGGCUGAGUCUCCUCAGCCUCCGGCAGAGUAAUUAUGCCACAGACAGACAAACAAAUAUGCAUCCCUCCAGAGCUUCCAGAUUUGCUGAAGCAAUUUACAAAAGCUGCUAUUCGGACUCAGCCUCCAGAUCUGAUACAAUGGUCUUCUGAUUAUUUUGGUGCCAUGGCCCGUGGAGAACUUCCUCCAGUAAGAGAGCGAACAGAAAGGGUCCCUUUAUCAAACUGGGCAGAACUUACUCCAGAGCUCUUGAAGGUCUUACACCAGAGAGUGGGUGGAAGGUUGAUAGUUCAUGUAGAUGAGCUAGCCCAGAUGUGGAAAGUCCUCAAUCUCCCUUCAGAUUUGUUUGAGAGCGUUAUGAAUGUUGGGCGUUUUACUGAAGAAAUUGAAUGGCUCAAGUUUUUAGCUCUGGCCUGUAGUUCUCUUGGAGUUACUAUUGCAAAAACUCUGAAGAUAAUUUGCGAGGUUUUGUCCAAUGAAAAUGACAGUGGACCUGCACGCAUUCCUUUCAGUACUUUCCAGUUUCUCUACACUUACAUUGCUGAAGUUGAUGGGGAGAUUUCAGCAUCUCAUGUCAGCCGAAUGUUGAAUUACAUUGAACAGGAGAUCAUUGGACCAGACGGCUUGAUCAAAGUGAAUGAUUUUACCCAGAAUCCUCGGGUCAGGCUGGAAUAAGAUCUCAGGACAUCACAGACUAACUUGUUAGCAGAAGAAGCUGAAACAGAGGACAGAAUAACAGUUACAAAUAGGCCAGCCUCUCAGUCUCUUUUUUCCCUUACAUCUGUUAAUAAACAGUUUGGCAAAGCAA